GAGUAACGGGUCUCUGACAAUACGAAUCUAAAAGUUCAGCUCCGCAUGUUCUCAGCAUUCGUCUUCUCUUAGGAAACAGAAUGGCUCAGGAAUCCGAUUUGACGCUUAUGUUUGCUUCUUUCCAAAAAUAUUUGGAUUCUGAACGGGAAAUUCGAGAGAAAAUCAGAGAAGCUGUGAACGACCUGGAAGACACAGCCAGAGAAGUGCUAACUCUACUACAGUCAAUUCAUCAGGUUGAGAACCAUCAAAGAGUCCCAGAAAUCUGUGAAAAAGCCAAAGGUUAUUUUAGCAAAAUUAAGGAACAAUAUGCAAACAUUGCAAGCAAAGUGCCUGAUAACCAAUUCUACAGAUUCCACGAUCAUUGGAGAUUCGUCACACAAAGGCUUUCAUUCUUGGCUGCGUUUUUAUUCUACCUUCAACACCAUGGUUUAAUAUGUUAUGAAGACACUGCUGAGAUGUUAGGCUUAAAAGUGGAUAGAAAAUGUGGUUUUCACUUGGAUCUUGAAGAUUUCCUUAUGGGCCUUUUACAAAUGGCAACAGAACUUACUCGCUUGGCUGUAAACUCCGUUACUGCUGGCAAUUACCAAGAACCAUUGCUGAUUAAGAAAUCUGUCACACAACUGGAUGCUGGAUUUAGGCUGUUAAAUUUGAAAAAUGAUUCUUUGCGCAAACGGUACGAUGCUUUGAAAUAUGACUUGAAAAAAAUUGAGGAAAUAGUUUAUGAUUUAUCAAUUCGUGGACUCAGUAAUAAAACAGAAGAUCAGUGAAUUUGGACAGGUUAAUGAGAUGCAACUUUUUUCUUUUUGUAGGAUCUGGAUUUAAGAAAACUUUUCAAAUAAUAAAGCAUCAUUUCAUAUUGUUUUUAAAAGUU